UGAUAACCGCACUGAUAACAAACACAUGCUGAAACAUGUGGUACAGUUUACCUUUAGGACAAAAUGGCGACGAGUGUAACUUUAGGAUCGGAUGUGUUGUCACCGUCUGACUGUGGCCCUUGCUCGAUUGAGAACAAAAAGAGCGAAGCCACUAUGUUCUGUGUUGAAUGUAAUGAUAUGCUAUGUGAUAAUUGUGUAGGAAUACAUAGAAGAUUCGCUACAAUGAAAACUCAUCAAAUAGUUGUACAUACGGAUAAAGAACAGUUCGACUUUACAGCAGAAAUUUUGACUGAUAAAUGCGGAAGACACGAGGGCAAACAUCUUGAAACAUUUUGUAAAACCCAUGAUGAAAUAUGCUGCAGUGUGUGUGUAUCAAUUAACCAUAGAACAUGUGAUGGACUGAUUUAUCUACCCGAGUAUGUUAAAGAGAAAUCGACAAAAGACAUUUGCAAAGAUAUGAUUGAGGAAAUUGAACACAUCAAGACAAACUUCGAAGAACUGAAGGAAAUCAGACAUGUGGACACAGUUAAGAUAGACGAUGAAAGGGAAGAUUCAGUCAGAAGUAUUGAUGAUUACAAGACACAACUUACAGCAGAGAUCGAACGUAUUUAUAGGAACUCUCUUGUACAGAUUGAUUCGCGAUAUGAGAGUUGUAUGAAAUACAUUAACGAAGAUGUGGAGCUAUGUGAUGAUAAGAUUGCUGAGCUACAUAAAGUUCUCAAGAGCUUUGAAGGUGAAAAGACUAGUGAGGUGAGACGCUUUAUCGGAGCAAGACGAGUUAGGGAAAUACUGAAACAGUCCAAAGAAUUACUAAAUAGUAUUUCUGAAAGGGAGAGUACCGCUAUGGCCUAUAAUUUAGAAACUAGAGUAAAAGAUACACUCAAUGAUUUGGACUAUUUUGGAAAAUUAGAAAACCUUUCAGAAAAUCAUAGCUCUAAUAUGAAUUUGUAUGACUAUAAGAUGGGCGGGAUGAUUUGUAUGAGCCAAUUACCAAAAGAAAAGGGAUUUUGUGUUAUUCAGGGAUUGACAAUAAUGGCAAAUAAUCAAGUCGUUAUUUCAGACGGGAAUAACAGCAAUAUCAAAGUCCUCAACCAUAAUAUGGAAGUAAUCCAAACCUUUCCAUUACCUGGCAAGCCUCUGAAUGUGUGCAUGAUAGACGAUGAUAUUUGUAUCAGCUAUAAGAAUGAGAAAAAAGUAGAGAUUCGUACUUUUGCCGAAGCCACAUUAAACCCGAAAACAAUCUUAAACGUUGGUAAAGAAUGUCGUGGUAUUUGUCAGAAGAACAAUGACCUGAUUGUUGCUUGUGGUAGCAAUGAUACAGCAGAGGUGCGUGUAUAUUCCAUGGAUGGGAAACUGAAACGAGCAUUAAACAUAGAUGCAAAGGGUAAUAAACUGCUUUCGUCUCCGUAUUCUGUGAAAACAAACACUGACGGUUCUGUAGUAUUUGUUGCGGAUUAUGACAAUGGCGUGAUUGCACUGCAGCUCGAUGGAACUCUGAUGUGGAAAUACAAUGAUAAAAAAAUAAUUCAUGGCGUGUCGGAUAUAGCUGUAAUAGACGAGAGCGAUGAAUUAUAUGUUUGUGGACAAGCUUCAUAUAACAUAGUGAAGAUAUCCAAAGACGGUCGGAAAGCAGAGGUUGUUCUUGAUGGAAUCCAUUUUCCGUCUGCGUUAUGCUAUGAUGACUUCAAUGGAAGGCUAAUUGUAGCAACCAAUCCAAAUGUGUACAGUGAUACUCUGAUCGUGCACGAAAUCAUUAAACAAAGAAUCUAAUUAUAAAAACUGUUAACUGCGUUUUAGAAAUCAAUCGUGCAUGAUUUUGGAUAAAAUAUAAAUUUUGCACUUUCAUUUCGGUCUUUAAAUGUAAUAUUGAGUAUAAUAUAGCCUUGAAUACCGAA